AUGGCCGCCGCCACCACCACCUACUUGGCCGCAGCCGUCUCGUCGUCGCGUGCACCUCCCCUCCUCCAACCCACCUCCAACGCCACCUUCGUUUCCUUCCCGCGGCGGCUGCUCCCCGCCACCACCCUCGCCCUCUCCGCCCCCUCCCAGCUGUCGCUAGUGCCGGCGGCCAACCCCAAGUACCACAACGCGAAGGUGGACGCGGGCGACGAGGACGUGGACGGGGAGGAGAUCCUGCGGCGGUUCAACUGGCAGGUGUCCCGUGCGGGCGUCAUGGAGGAGAUCAGGCGGCGGCGGAGGCACGAGGACGCGCGGGACAAGCGCAAGCGCAAGGCGCGGUCGGCGGCGCGGAGGUUCCGCCGGAGGCGAUUCAAGGGCCCAUACCCUUUCAGUGAUGAUCAGGGGGCGAAGGAGCAGGCCUCUGAUGAUGAGGGGAAUGACAACUGGGAGCUCCCUGCAGGAGAGUUGCCUUACAGGCGAUUGGCGGCCAAAGCACGGUAUACUGAUGUAAAGCUUUGUUCUGAUUGUGUUAUGUCUCAGAGAGCAGCAGACCCUCCUGACUGUGCUGCAAAUACUUGA